AUGGCGUCUGACAGUCGGCAAGAUCGGGCGCUGAUGCGCCAGCGUGGUGCAGGAUCCCGCGCCGUUGCAACUGCUGAUUUUGGUAUCAGUUUUGGUCUGGGGGACAACAGGCUGGAGCGUCAACAGAUGCGACAAAGGGGUGCUGGGUCUCGGAAAAUUGACAAUGUCGACUUUGGAAUUUCCUUUCCGACUCCAGCACAGCGUUCGCACACAAAGACACCCCAGUCUCGAAGGUCUACUUUGCGCCAGUCGUCGCAUACGCCAGCUAGACGAAGCCGAGAACCCACGUCCGCAAGAUCUACCAGACGAAACUCGAGCAGACAGAACUCGGCUCAACCUACGGCGCCCGCGCCUGAGCCGGAAGUACUUGCACCGCACGAUGGGCCCAUAGGAGCGAAUAUUCGAUCUAGCAAAAGAAGGAAGAUAUCCCCAGCUGUUGUUACACCAACUCCACAACCUCCAACUGUUCUGCCCAGGCCAAUGCCUACAACCCGAGCUUCGGUAAGGCGAAAUUCCACCCCGAUGUUCACAAUUGCGGAAGACGACGAUGCCCGCGUGCCUCCCUCCGUAAGUCAGGCCGGAGAACAUUCGCAGACAUCGCCCUUGUUCGUGCCGGAGGGCGAGUACGAGAAGGAGAAUGAGACGCCCAACACUAUAGGCUCAAAGACAAACCCAAUGGAUUGGGAUUUGCAGACUACAAAGAGCGGGCGAAUUCUUGCUCCGUUCAUACUGGACGAAGACGUCACUGAAUCUGCGUCGGCAGCUACAGGACUGGAUGGUGAAGGGACGCGUCAGCGGGUGAUGAAUAACGAUACAUUACCAGACUCAGAUGUGCCCGGUUCUUCUAGACAGCCAAAACGGCGAAAACGGAAGCCCCGUCCUUUCGUGCGCAGGAAGCGUCGUUCAUCUAAUCAGAAUCAGUUGGUUGACACAUCAAAGGAACGCUCGCCUGCUGCUGUUUCUUCUCGAACCCCGGUCGUGGAAAUCCCAUCAUUUGGGACCCAGCCUCUGGCGGAUCGGAUCACCAAGUAUAGUAAGCUUGCGAGAAUGAGGAACAUGAGAGGAGUGACUCCUGUCUCCGACCGAGAACAAACCCCGAACCAAGGAGAGGAGGAGGAUGAGUCGUACGUUGAACAGAGCUCUUCUGAAGCAGAGACGCCUGCUGCAAGCAUGAAGAGCAAGAGAAAGACUCGCCAACAGAUCUCCCAAAAUGGUUCGGCCGAAGUUUCUAAGAGCAACAAAGGCAGACCGACCUUCCCUAUUCUCACUCAUCGACUGGCCAGUGUCUCGAUUUUGCCAACCAUCAACGAAGAAGGUGAAGCCUCAAUGGGAGAUGCACUCCCUGAUGUUGCGAAUCAUCGAAAUCACCCAAAUGUGGUGGACGUGCUCGCGCAGAUCUGUCGCGAGACAAUCUCGAACGCAAUUGACCGUCUGGCUGAAACUGAACAGCCCAAUAAACGGAUAUCGCUCAACAACAAACGGAGCGCCCUCGAAGCAUUCGGAAAAGACCUUGAUGACGAAUUGUUCGCCAUGUCCGAGGCUGUAGAGAACCGCUUCGACCUGGAAGCCCGCGUUCGAAAGACUAAGCGGGAGAAAGCAGCACUGCAAACGGAAUAUAUCGAGUUAAGGAAGGAGCGCGAACAGGUUGCAUUAAAGUGUGACGCGCUCAGACGACGGCAUUGGCAAUGCGAAGAGUCUACAAGGGAGAAGUGGACGCUCAGUGAGGCGGCUCGGCGCGUGGAGCAGGAGAUGGACAGAAAUCCAGACGCCGAUGAUGAAAGUAUCGAGUUCCUUAUACGAAGCGUGACAGCGAGCAGCAGUGCAUCGGGACAUGGUAUCUUGGAUAAGGUCAUGUCGUUCAAUGCCCAGUUGGAGAAUAUGGCAUUGUUUCUGGAAAGAGGCAAUGUUGCUUGA